AUGAUCAUAACAAGGUCCUCCCCUUCAUCAACAGAAUGGUAUAUUCCAACAUGGACGCCACUCACUGACGGUAAUCGUCUCUUCGAAACAUUCGCAAAUUCAAUAAUUUUACAAAUGUAUCCCUCAUCCAGUGCCAGCACCAUGAGUGAACUCAAGGACUGCCCCCCACUGAAGUACUAUGACUUCAAGCCUGUGGAACACCUGAAAGUGUGUCCGCGUUACACAGCUGUGCUCAGCCGCUCAGAGGAUGAUGGCAUUGGGAUCGAAGAACUGGACACUCUGCAGCUGGAACUGGAGACCCUCCUGUCCUCAGCCAGCCGCCGCCUGAGAGCACUGGAGGAGCAGAGACAGAUCCUCACAGACUGGCAAGACAAGAAAGGAGACAAGCGCUUUCUGAAGCUCGGUAAAGACCCUGAUCCUGCUGCCACAUCUCGCCAUAAACCAAAAAAGCCGAAGUUGGAAGGCAAAGGAAGCCAUGUCCCGGGUCCUGGCCCUGGUCGACCCAAGUCCAAAAACAUCCAGGCUAAGGUUCAAGAGUAUGAGUUUACAGAAGAGCCACAGGAAGUUCCUCGCGUUCCCAAAAACGAUGCCCCAAACAGAUUCUGGGCAUCUGUGGAGCCUUAUUGUGCAGAUAUAACAAAUGAAGAGAUCCGACUGCUGGAGGAACUUCUUAAACCACCGGAGGAUGAAGCAGAGUAUUUCAAAAUUCCUGCCCUGGGAAAACACUAUUCUCAGAGGUGGGCUCAGGAGGAUCUGCUGGAGGAGCAAAGAGAAGGGACGCGAGCCAAUGAUAAGAAGAAAAACGUGAUGGGAGGGCCGUUAUCUGAGCUCGAUGCAAAAGACGUUGACUCGCUGCUCAAAAAGUCCGAAUCCCAGCAUGAUUCUCCUGAAGAUGGCUGUCCUUUUGGCCCGCUCACACAACGCCUGCUGCAGGCUCUCGUCGAGGAGAACAUUAUAUCCCCUAUGGAGGAUUCUCCCAUUCCAGAUAUUACAGGGAAGGAAGAUGGAGCUGGAACUUCUCCUCGCAGCCAAGGAAAGUCUUUCAGUGUUCCCCAUACACGAUCCCUGGAGGCCCGGAUCAAAGAGGAGCUGGUUGCCCAGGGGCUGCUGGACUCUGAGGAGAGACCAGGGCCUGCAGGCGACACUGAGGAUGAGGUUCUGGCUGAGCUCCAGAAGAGACAGACUGAACUCAAGGCCCUGAGUGCUCACAACAGAGCUCGCAAACAGGAGCUGCUGCGGUUGGCGAAGGAAGAGAUGCGCAAACAGGAGCUGAGGCAGCGCGUCAGAGUGGCAGACAAUGAGGUCAUGGAGGCUUUUCGACGAAUCAUGGCAGCUCGGCAAAAAAAACGCACUCCAAGCAAAAAGGAGAAGGACCAAGCCUGGAAAGCACUGAAGGAACGGGAAAGCAUUUUGAAAUUACUCGAUGGAUAA